AGUUUAAAAAAAAAAAAAAAAAAAAAUUAAAAAUCUCUUCUUUUUUUUCAGGCUUUGCCUUCAUUCUCUUUCUUUCUCUCCAAACAACAAUAAUAGAAGAGAAGAAAAAGACCCCUUUUUUUUUUAAAUUAUUUUUAUUAUUAGAGUGUUAUAGAGAGAGAGUUGAGACAUUAGGAAAGAGCUUUAUCCUUUUGUCUCCUCUAUCUCUCUGUCUCCAAUAAUUUUUCAUUUUUUCCCCUUUUUUCUUAGCUACAAAGGUUAGCUUUUGAUUGUUCUCUCAAGUAUAUAAGCUCCAUUCUGAGUGACCCAGUUCAUCUUUUGAGCUCUUCUAUUGUUUGGAAAUUCUGGGCUACUGAGAAUCAUUCAUCAUCAUCAUCAUCAUCCAAAUUGGUCAAUCAGUUUCAGAAUCUGCAAAGUAACUAGUUAUACAUGAAGAUCAGGACCCAUAUGUGAAAAAAGCUUAUUUAUUAGUCCCUUUGAGGUGUGUUUUGAUUAGCAAAGCAAAAGUGGCUUCUUUGAUGAGUUUUGGAGGGUUUCUAGACAACAAUUCCGGUGGCGGCGACGACGGUGGCGGUGGCGGCGGUGUGAGAAACAUAGUAGAAAUUCCAUAUAACAACGGUGGUGGUGGCACUACCAAGAACAACAUCAUCAACAACGAUAAUAAUAGAACAACAAUGCCCUCUGGUGCAAUCUCACAGCCUCGCCUUUUAACAACUACUCCAACUUUGGCCAAAUCAAUGUUCAACUCACCUGGCCUCUCUCUAGCACUUCAAACGAAUCUUGAUGGACAAGGGGAUGUGAAUAACAACAACAUUAUGGGGAGUGAGAACAACAACAAUAAUUAUGAGGGAAGUAAUGGAGGAUUGAGAAGGAGCAGAGAAGAAGAACAUGAAAGCAGAUCUGGAAGUGAUAACAUGGAUGGUGCCUCCGGCGAUGAACAAGAUGCUGCCGACAACAAUAAUCCCAAAAGGAAAAAACGUUAUCACCGACACACUCCUCAGCAAAUACAAGAGCUUGAAUCGUUGUUUAAGGAGUGUCCCCAUCCUGACGAGAAACAAAGGCUAGAACUUAGUAAAAGGCUUUGCUUGGAAACAAGGCAGGUGAAGUUUUGGUUCCAAAAUCGGAGAACCCAAAUGAAGACUCAAUUGGAGCGCCAUGAGAACACACUCCUAAGGCAAGAGAAUGACAAGCUUAGAGCUGAGAACAUGUCAAUUAGAGAUGCAAUGAGGAACCCCAUGUGUUCAAAUUGUGGUGGUCCUGCCAUAAUUGGUGAGCUUUCACUUGAGGAACAACAUCUCAGGAUUGAGAAUGCAAGACUAAAGGAUGAAUUAGACCGGGUUUGUGCCCUCGCCGGCAAGUUCUUGGGCCGGCCCAUUUCGUCGAUGGGCGGGCCCCAUCCGUUGCCAAAUUCAAGUUUGGAACUUGGGGUUGGCAACAAUAACAAUGGCUAUGGUUGCAACUUGAGCAUAAAUGUGCCUAAUAGCUUGCCUUUGGGGCCGGAAUUUGGGGUGAAUUUGUCUAGUCCUUUGGGUAUGGUUUCCGGGCCGGCGAUCACUCGGCCGCAGCCGAGCGCGGUUGUUGGCGGAUUCGAUAGGUCAAUGGAGAGGUCAAUGUUGUUGGAGCUUGGUUUGGCUGCCAUGGAUGAGUUGGUGAAGAUGGCACAAAGUUGUGAGCCACUUUGGAUAAGGAGUUUGGAAAUUGGAGGAAGGGAAGUGCUUAACCAUGAGGAGUAUAUUAGGACAUUCCCUAAUCCUUGCAUUGCUUUAAGGACUAAUUCCUUUGUCUCUGAGGCUUCUAGGGAAACUGGCCUUGUCAUCAUAAAUAGCUUGGCUCUUGUUGAGACUUUAAUGGAUGCGAAUCGAUGGGCAGAGAUGUUUCCUUGUAUGAUUGCAAGAACCUCAACCACUGAAGUGAUAUCCAAUGGAAUAAACGGUACCAGAAAUGGUGCACUUCAACUAAUGCAUGCGGAGCUUCAAGUUCUAUCGCCAUUGGUACCAGUUAGAGAAGUGAAUUUCCUUCGAUUUUGCAAGCAACACGCAGAAGGGGUGUGGGCAGUGGUGGAUGUCUCCAUUGAUGCUAUCAGAGAAACUUCUUCUGCCGGUGCCCCAACUUUUGUUAAUUGCAGAAGACUCCCUUCUGGCUGUAUAGUACAAGAUAUGCCUAAUGGUUACUCCAAGGUGACAUGGGUGGAACAUGCCGAAUACGAGGAAAGGGAAGUUCAUCAGUUAUAUAGAGCCUUGUUGAGCUCUGGCAUGGCCUUCGGCGCCCAGCGGUGGAUCGCCACCCUACAGCGCCAGUGCGAGUGCCUCGCCAUCCUCAUGUCUUCUACUCAACCUUCUAGAGACCACUCAGCAAUAACUGCAAGUGGUAGGCGCAGCAUGCUGAAGCUGGCACAGAGGAUGACCAACAACUUCUGUGCCGGAGUGUGCGCCUCCACGGUGCACAAGUGGAACAAGCUCAACAAUACGGAUCGUCCUCAGCGCUGCCACGUCAGUGUGGCUCCCAGUCUCGCCGCAGAGGCUGUUCGACUUCCUCCGCGACGAGAGGCUGAGGAGCGAGUGGGACAUACUAUCCAAUGGUGGGCCCAUGCAAGAGAUGGCCCACAUUGCAAAGGGACAGGACCAUGGCAACUGCGUCUCCCUCCUUAGAGCCGGUGCAAUAAAUUCAAAUCAAAGUAGCAUGUUGAUACUUCAAGAGACAUGCAUAGAUGCUGCUGGCUCGCUUGUGGUGUACGCGCCGGUGGAUAUUCCGGCGAUGCACGUGGUAAUGAACGGUGGUGAUUCUGCUUACGUGGCAUUAUUGCCUUCUGGGUUUGCGAUUGUUCCGGAUGGGCCUGCGCCUCGUGGGGCCCAAAAUGGUGGCGCCGAUGCCAACGGUGGCGAUGACCUUGGUGGUGGGGCGCGUGGGAGUGGGUCCCUUUUGACGGUGGCAUUUCAGAUUCUUGUGAAUAGUCUCCCUACGGCCAAGCUCACGGUAGAGUCGGUGGAAACUGUGAACAACCUCAUUUCAUGCACAGUUCAAAAGAUAAAAGCAGCACUUCGGUGUGAAAGUUGACUGUCACGUGAUUAUACUCUUGAGGUCACGUGACAUAUUCGGUUUCUAAUUUUUGCUUUUUUUUAAAAUUUUUUUUUUUGGGAGGGUUGUGUCAUGUGGAAAUGAAAUUAACUUGGUGCGAGUUUGUGAAUGAAGAUUGGAAUAGAAUGGCUCGUGGGAAAUGGGUUUAAUUAUUGGGAGAUAUGGGAGGUGUUGAGUGAGUCAAGAACGAACCGGGUGAAAAACUCCUUGUGUUUUGCGGGAAGGAUCCGGAUCUUGAUCGGGUCGGGUUCGGAUCUUUCGUAGUUCAUUUUCAGCAAGGAUCGUGGUUCGGGUAUUGACUCCGGUCGACCUUUGGGGAAAAGGGAAAUGUGGGGAAAAAAAGUAAUAAAAAUAUUUGGUUAGUAUUUAUAAAAAUGAUAAUUUAACUUGUA